UCAAAGGGAAGAGAUAAAUUUACUUACUUAUAUCCAUAACAGGAAAUUGAAAUGCGUGUCAUGAUGUCUAUAUAUCUUUCAAGUUUCAUCUAAUUGCAUAUAUAUUUCUUGAUUUUGACAGGUUGAACAUGGCUACAAGUAUGCUCUCAACAAGCACAAUUGUUCUUGAAGUUCUUAGAAAUGACAAUUACGAGAAUUGGAGUGCUUGCAUUAAAAACUAUCUCUUAGCUCAAGAUCUUUGGGAUAUUUUCGAAACAACCUCAAAACCUCCAAAACCAGAAGAUGAUGCAAUGGAAUUCAAAGCUUGGAGGAAGAAGAAUGCUGCAGCUUUGCAUGCAAUUCAGAUUUCAUGUGGGAUGGAAAUACAAUCUCAGAUCAAUGAUAUCAGUUCUGCUAAAACUGUUUGGGAUAUGUUGCCUAAGUUAGUACACCAACCACCAUCGAAAGGAGCUAGUUAUAACCCAGUGGCUGAGCAGGAAAACUCAUUGAACAUCCCAUCCAGUAAUGUUCACGAUGAUGGAUCAAUGAUUGCACCUGAUCAAAAGGUUGAACCAGGAAGCCCCUCAAACAGCCCAGGGAGGCAAAACAUAAUUAAUACUUAUAACGCGGACUACUAUAUGGGGUAUGCGCUACUACACAAGGCUUUGCAAAGUGGUGAUUGGAAUUCUGCAAAAGAAUUCCUUAAGCUCCAACCCAAUUCAAAGACCGCAAAAAUUACUACUUUGGGCAAGACUGCUCUUCACGUGUCUGUUGAGGCGGGACAUGUCCAUAUAGUGGAAGCGUUGGUGGAGGAAAUGUCGGAAGAUGACUUGGAAGUACAAGACAAUUUCGGUGACACAGCUCUACUGGAGACAACAUAUAGUGGACAGUACAAGAUGGCGGAGUGCAUGCUUAGGAAGAACAAAAGGUUGGUCAGCAUGGGAAGGGCUAUCCCCGGUGGGUUCCAAAUGCUUCCAGUUGUUAUGGCUCUUUCAAAUGGAUAUAUAAAAAUGGCUCGAUAUCUUUAUUCUCUCACUCCGCUGGAAGAUCUAACUCCAGAAAAGGGCAGGAGCGGUUCAACACUUUGUACCCAAGCUAUAUAUACCAUAGCUUUAGAUAUUGCUUUGGAUCUAAUCCGGCGCUGUCCACGUUUGGUUCUUGCUCCGGACAAAGAGAACUACAGCCCUUUAUACGCAUUGGCUUCUAUGGAGUACGCAUUCCCCAGUGGACCGUCUCGUGUUUUGGAAACGAUGGAUCUCCUCUUGUAUACACAUUCAAUCGGCAAAUGGUACGACUACCAAUGAAGUUCAUUUGAUAAUUCAAAAAGACGAGGGACGCCAAAGCGAUG